AAACACACUCCAGUGAAAUACAUUAGUUUCUAUAAUUUUUUGCAUGAUCCAACUCUACAAGCUUUUUUAUGAUAUGGGCAAUAAACGUGAUCAAUUAGCAUAGAAGGUUUUGAGUUUGAAUUCUAAUAGGAGUAUAAAAUGAAAGUAAAGCUUGGAGACGGAUGUACAAUUUGUUUUCUAACAGGACACAGUAAGAGCUAGAAAUGUAGUGUGUUUUGACGUGGGAUUAGCAUACACUAUAUGUAACCUACCUUCUUUGUCUUCUUGUUGCUUUUCUCCAAUAUUAUAAUAAUCUUUUUUUUUUGUCUUGUCUAUCUGAAGAGAAAAUAUGGGAGCUAACUCAGCAGCAAUCAAGUGGUUUUCUCUGUGUAUUGUGGUGUUGUUAUCUCUAGGUUUCCAGGGGAUACAAUGCGAUGUUACUUAUGAUAACAAGGCUCUUAUCAUUGAUGGCCAGAGGAGAAUUCUCUUCUCUGGCUCUAUUCACUAUCCCAGAAGCACUCCUCAGAUGUGGGGAGGACUCAUACAGAAGGCUAAAGAUGGUGGUUUGGAUAUUAUAGAUACUUAUGUUUUUUGGAAUCUUCAUGAGCCUUCUCCUGGCAAUUACAAUUUCGAGGGAAGGUAUGAUUUGGUUCGCUUCGUCAAGUUGGUUCAGAAAGCUGGUCUCUAUGUUCAUCUUCGCAUUGGACCUUAUAUAUGUGGAGAGUGGAAUUUUGGAGGGUUUCCAGUGUGGUUGAAGUAUGUUCCAGGCAUAAGCUUCAGGACAGAUAAUGAGCCUUUCAAGAUGGCAAUGCAAAAUUUCACCAAGAAAAUUGUCCAAAUUAUGAAGGAUGAAAAUUUGUUUCAGUCUCAAGGUGGUCCUAUUAUCCUCUCUCAGAUUGAGAAUGAAUAUGAACCUGAAGACAAGGCAUUUGGAUCUGCUGGUCAUGCAUAUAUGACUUGGGCUGCACAGAUGGCUCUUUCUAUGAAUACUGGAGUUCCAUGGGUUAUGUGCAAGGAAUUUGAUGCCCCUGACCCUCUGAUAAAUACAUGCAAUGGUUUCUACUGCGAUUACUUCUCUCCAAACAAACCUAACAAACCAACGAUGUGGACUGAGGCUUGGACUGGCUGGUUUUCAGAUUUUGCAGGUCCAAACCACCAGCGUCCGGUCGAGGAUUUAGCAUUCGCAGUUGCUCGAUUCCUUCAGAAAGGAGGUUCCUUUGUUAAUUACUAUAUGGUUAUAUCAUGGGGAACCAACUUUGGCAGAACUUCUGGAGGACCUUUCAUUACUACAAGCUAUGACUAUGAUGCACCCAUUGAUGAAUACGGGUUGAUUAGGCAACCUAAAUAUGGCCAUUUAAAGGAUCUUCACAAGGCUAUUAAGUCAUGCGAAAAAGCUUUGCUCAAUGCCGAUCCUACUGUCGAAAACUUGGGAGCUUAUAAACAGGCACAUGUAUUCUCUUCCAAUUCUGGAGAUUGUGCAGCUUUUCUUGCAAACUACCAUCCAAAUGGUACUGGAAAGUUGACAUUUAAUAACAUGCAUUAUAGCCUGCCACCUUGGUCUAUCAGCAUCCUUCCUGACUGCAAAAAUGUUGUUUUCAACACUGCCCAGGUUGGAGUCCAAACGUCCCAGGUGCAAAUGUUGCCCACAGCCACAGGUCUCUCAUGGGAGACUUUCAGUGAAGAUGUAUUAUCAGUUGAUGAAGAUAAAAUAACUACAGUCCCUGGCCUCUUGGAGCAGAUAAAUGUCACCAGAGAUACAACUGAUUAUCUCUGGUACACAACUGGUCUGACUAUUAGGUCAUAUGAAUCAUUUCUACAUCAAGGCAAUCUUCUCAAUCUUACAGUGGAUUCAGCAGGCCAUGCUUUGCACGUCUUUGUCAAUGGAGAGCUUUCUGGAUCUGCUCAUGGGAGUAGAAAAAGCAAGAGAUUCACGUUUACAGUACCAGUGAAGCUACAUGCUGGAAGAAACAGAAUCUCACUGCAGAGCAUAGCUGUUGGAUUACCAAAUAUUGGAACCCAUUUUGAGAACUGGAAGGCAGGAAUAGAAAGGGUCACUCUCCAUGGCCUAGACAAAGGGGAGAAGGACCUGACCUGGAACAAAUGGUCCUAUAAGGUUGGGCUUAAAGGAGAAGACAUGAAUCUUGGAUCUCCAGAUUCUGUUCCAUCAGUUGAAUGGAUGAAAAGGACCACGUCAGCACAAAGCCCACCAUUGACGUGGCAUAGGGCCUACUUUGAUGAACCAAAAGGAGAAGAUCCCUUGGCAUUGGACAUGGGGAGCAUGGGGAAGGGACAAGUGUGGAUUAAUGGGAAUAGCAUUGGAAGAUAUUGGACUGUAAAAGCUACUGGCGAUUGCAAUGCUUGUGGGUACAAUGCUACAUUUAGGGAGACAAAAUGCCAAUUUGGUUGUGGCCAACCUACUCAAAGAUGGUACCAUGUUCCCAGAUCAUGGCUGAAGCCAACCAAGAAUUUGUUGGUAGUAUUUGAAGAAAUUGGAGGAGAUUCAUCUCAGAUAUCACUUGUGAAAAGAUUAGUCACAAGUCCCCACCCCACCUUGUUAAGGUGACUGAAUAUGGCCUAACUUUUUUCAAUGGGUACCAAGAUGCCCUAAACCUAGUUCAUAUAGAAAAGUCUAAUAAUAGAGUUAAUUUUUUAAUUUUUUUAAGGCAUUUUGCAAAAGAGAACUGUGUAUGGAUGUAUUUAUUAUUAUUAUUAUUAUUUAUUAAUUUUGUGCA